UAAUAGGGAAACUUUGAUUUCUUAUUCGUAAAAGGGGUCAAAAUUGAUAUAAAAAUAUUUUAUAGAUUAAAGCUUCUAUCUAUAUUAUCAGCAAAUGAGAUUUUUCGAAAAAUCCUAAACGCCGGUGACAAAUUACAAUGCGUGUAGCAAUCUGGGAGGUGUUUCGUGCAAUUCUCCGUUCUGUUUUCUGUCAGAAAAAUUGAAGUGAAUCAUAUAUUUUCUUUAUAACUAAAUAAAUAUUUAAGAAGCAAUGGCUGCUACUCUCAAAUUAUAUUUAACUGCCGUACGUCACUCGCUAACAGCGGCAAUGUGCUUGCAGAACUUUGCUUCCCAAGUAGUAGAGCGUCACAACAAACCAGAAGUAGAGGUCUGCUCGAGCAAAGAACUGAUUUUAACACCAAUAUUGAUAUCACGUAAUGAACGUGAACGGGUCCUCAUUGAACCCUCGAUCAAUUCGGUACGUGUUAGUAUCGCGGUUAAGCAAGCGGAUGAAAUUGAGAAAAUAUUAUGCCACAAAUUCACACGGUUUAUGAUGCGUCGGGCAGAAUCUUUUAUUGUUCUAAGACGAAAACCCAUUGAUAGUUACGAUAUAAGCUUUUUGAUAACGAAUUUCCACACAGAGCAGAUGUAUAAACACAAAUUGGUGGAUUUUGUCAUUAGUUUCAUGGAAGAGAUCGAUAAAGAAAUUAGCGAAAUGAAAUUGGCCGUGAAUGCUCGUGCGCGUACUUGUGCAGAAGAAUUCUUAAAAAGAUUUUAAAAAAUUCCAUUGAAUGUAUUUCUUAAAUAAUUAUAAGCAAAGAAAUAAUUUUUGUAUUACUUUAGUAUUUAAUAAAUGCCAUAUGUUAUGUUAACAAAUCUAAAGGCUCAGUAUACAGGAGGAAAUUUGCGAUUACUUUGAUGGUGGCACAUUUCCCACCCAAAGCAGUACAACGGAAUUUUCAUAAUC